AUGUCUGGCUCGGCAGGUAAGUUCGAAACUAGGUUAUUUAUCAACAAUGAAUACGUCGAUGCCAAACACCAUGAGCGGCUGACUCUGGUCAAUCCAUUCGACGAGUCCACCAUUACUUCAGAUGUCCAUGUCGCCGGUCCUGAAGAUGUCGACGCAGCAGUUGAUGCAGCAAUAGUCGCUCUCAAGGGCGAAUAUGGCAAAUUGAGCGGAGCCCAGCGCGGAGCUCUGUUGAACAAAUUCGCCGACAUCAUCGAGAAGAACGCGGCCGCUCUCGCCGAAGUCGAGUCUCUACCAACUGGAAGACCUGCUUCAAUGAUUGUUGGCUUCGAGAUCCCAAUGAUCGCUGCGACGUUCCGGUACUAUGCUGGCUGGGCAGACAAACUUCCCGGCAGAAUCGUUCCGUCCGACAGCAGCAAGACCAGGAUCGUCCGCUACGAACCGUUGGGCGUGGCAGCUGGUAUCGCCUCGUGGAAUGCCACCCUUCUGUACGUCGGCUGGAAGAUCGCGCCAGCCAUUGCCGCAGGCUGCACCUUCAUCUUCAAGGCAUCCGAAAAGUCCCCUCUCGGCGCCCUCGCAGUGGGCGCUCUUUUCAAAGAAGCCGGCUUCCCACCGGGCGUCGUCCAAUUCGUCACUGGCGCACGCUUGACCGGCGAUCUGCUCGCCUCGCAUCCUCGCAUCAACAAGAUCUCCUUUACCGGCUCGAUUCCCGCCGGAAAGGCCGUGCAGAUGGCCGCCACCAAAUCCAACCUCAAGCGCGUGACGCUCGAGAUGGGCGGCAAAUCGGCCGCCAUCGUUUUCAACGACGCCAACCUCGACAUUGCCAUCCAGAACGUCGGCCCCAUGUUCCUAUUCAACAGCGGCCAAGUCUGCGCCGCCACCUCGCGCGUCCUGGUACAAGAACAAGUCGCGCCCAAGCUCAUCGAAGCCCUCAAGAGCAUCUUCGCCCAAUCCGCCGCAGGUCUGGACACCAAUCCCCUCGAGCCCACCGCACAGCUAGGCCCCCUAGUGGACAAGAUCCAAUUCGACAAAGUCAUGGGCUACAUCAACAGCGGCAAGGAGUCGUCAGCGGAGCUGGUGGUGGGCGGCCAGCGCCACAGCGACAAGGGCUACGGCGUUGACCCCACUAUCUUCGUCAACCCGCAGACCGACGCCAAGAUCUGGAAGGAGGAGAUCUUUGGCCCCGUGCUCGCCGUGCGCACCUUCAAGACCGAGGACGAGGCCAUCGCCCUCGCCAACGACACCAGCUACGGCCUGGCCGCGCAGCUGUACACGAGCGACGUGACGCGCGCGCUGCGUGUCUCUGCGGCGCUGGAGAGCGGUAGUGUCAGCGUCAACGCUGCCUUUAUGCCGGAUACAGCAAUGCCCUUCGGCGGCUGGAAAGAAUCCGGCAUCGGCCGCGAGCUCGGCGAGGAAGGUCUGCGCGCCUACCUGGAGCCCAAGAGCAUCUUCAUCAGCAUGGAGGUGCCGAGCCCGGCUUGA